AAAGAGUGUAACCGAAGGUGGUUAUAUAAAAUUCAAAGGGGGGGUGGGAGUGAGGAGAGCCACAAGAAGGAGUAGGCGAGAGGAGGUGGUGGUGUCACGACUGAGAUUUGGGCAUACGGGUUUGAAUUCCACACUGUUCUUGAUAGGGAAACAUGCCUCAGGGAAAUGUGAUUAUUGUGGAGCGGAUGAAACCUUGGAGCAUGUUAUUUUGCAGUGUCGGAAUUAUACGGUAGAGAGGAGACGGUUGGUCCGGAAUCUCAGUAGAAUUGCUAUGAAACUUGAUCUUGUAGGGUUGCUACAGAAGGAGUCGGGGGAUAAAUGUUAUCAGGCAUUGUUUCAGUUUUUGAGAGAAGGACGGUUGUUUUGGAGGAUAUGGAGUGGGGUUUUUUUUGUUUUUGUUUGUUUUGUUUUUUUAGCGUGAUUUCUGUCCACACUCCAUACCAGUGGCGGCGGUAAUGCACCAUGCAGUUGUUUGCCAACCGCCAAUAAUACGUAAAAGAAGAAGAAGAGUGUAACCACAGUCAUCAUACUUGUCAUUGGGGAGUUUUAGGUUUUUUUCAAGCCGGCUGAGGCAAAUAUCGUGUGGGCUGUGCUGAGCUUCCUUACUGCUGCCCCUCUGGUCUCCGGCAGAUUACGUUUCUGUUUCUCAUGCGUGAUUGGAAAGAGAUACGCUCUGGAUGACUGAGAACCUUCACAGAGAUAUACGCUCGUAGCUCGGACAGCUUGGUCUCUCUCCUAGUCCAUCAAAGCCGGCCUUCUCCGCUGGGGGAUCUUUAUUUCGGGUUAUUCUGAGAGGGGAUCCAGAGCGACUGGCAGGAGGCGAAGAGUCUGCUGGAGGAGCAGCUCAGCAGCUGUGGUAAGAAACAUCGGUUCUUCAUCAAAGGCGAAAGAAUGGAAAGCAUGUCGAAACCUCGGCCCAUUGAUGAUUGCAACAUAACCCAACCAAUUCAAGCAAGUAAAGAUGAACCUGUUGUGAUCCCUGUGGAGAAGACUUCUACCACUAUGAAGCAGGCCAGAAGACGACAGCGCAUUGACAGUGGGAACAGAAGCUUUACAUGCGAUCAGUGUGGAAAGGCUUUUACUCGUAAUAGCAGUUUAAAACAACAUCAGCUCAUCCACACUGGAUUAAAACCAUUCAGCUGUGAUCAGUGUGGAAAGGCUUUCACUCACAAUGCCAGCUUAAAAAUACAUCAACUCGUCCACACUGGAUUAAAAACAUUCAGCUGUGAUCAGUGUGGAAUGUCUUUUGCUGAGAAUAGCAAGUUAAAAAGACAUCAGCUUGUCCACACUGGCAUUAAACCAUUCAGCUGUGAUCAGUGUGGAAGGGCUUUCACUCAGAGUGGCAGUUUAAAAAAACAUCAGCUCGUCCACACUGGAUUUAAACCAUUCAGCUGUGAUCAGUGUGGAAUGUCUUUUUCUGACAAUGGCAACUUAAAAAGACAUCAACUCGUUCACACUGGCAUUAAACCAUUCAGUUGCGAUCAGUGUGGACAGGCUUUCACUCAUAAUAGCAAGUUAAAAAAACAUCAGCUCAUCCACACUGGAUUAAAAGCAUUCAGCUGUGAUCAGUGUGGAAUGUCUUUUACUCAAAAUGGCAAUUUAAAACAACAUCAGCUCGCUCACACUGGAUUUAAACCAUUCAGCUGUGAUCAAUGUGGCAGGGCUUUCACUCAGAGUGGCAGCUUAAAAAAACAUCAGCUCAUCCACACUGGAUUUAAACCAUUCAGCUGUGAUCAAUGUGGCAGGACUUUCACUCAAAGUGGCACCUUAAAAAAACAUCAGCUCAUCCACACUGGAUUUAAGCCAUUCAGCUGUGAUCAGUGUGGAAAGACUUUCACUGAGAAUGGUAACUUAAAACAACAUCAGCUCGCUCACACUGGAUUUAAACCAUUCAGCUGUGAUCAAUGUGGCAGGACUUUCACUCAGAGUGGCAGCUUAAAAAAACAUCAGCUCAUCCACACUGGAUUGAAAGCAUUUAGCUGUGAUCAGUGUGGAAAGACUUUCACUGAGAAUGGCAACUUAAAGAAACAUCAGCUCAUCCACACUGGAUUGAAACAGUUUAGCUACAAUCAGUGUGGAAAGUCUUUUUCUCAGAGUAAGAUCUUAAAAGAACAUCAGCUCAUCCAUGCUACAGAUAAACCAUUCACCUGUGAUCUGUGUGGAAAGUCUUUUAGUCGGAGUAAAAGCUUAAAGGAUCAUCUUCUCAUCCACACUGGAAUUAAAUCAUUUGUCUGUGGUCAGUGUGGAAAGGCUUUUACUCAGAGUAAAACUUUAAAAGAUCAUCAGCUCAUCCACACUGGAAUUAAACCAUUCAGCUGUGAUCAGUGUGGAAAAUCUUUUACUCGGCGUAGAAACUUAAAAGAGCAUCAUCUCCUCCACAUUGGAGUUAAACCAUUCACGUGUGAUCAGUGUGGAAAGUCUUUUACUCGACAUAGAAACUUAAAAGAACAUCAGGCCAUCCACACUGGCAUUAAACCAUUUGUCUGUUGUCAGUGUGGAAAGGGUUUUGGUCGCAUGGAUGCUUUAACAAAUCAUCAACUAAUCCACACUGCAGUUAAUUAAUUUUUAAGCAGUCAGUGCCAAAAGGCUGUUACUUCUAUGGACACAUUCAAAAAAAUUAGAUCGUUCACACUGCAAUUAUAGUGUGUGUUGAAUUAUGGUAAUUGUGAAAUUUGUGGAAAUUCUUUCAUUUAUAACAAAUAUUAUUGAGUCAUCAGAAAAUUCACACUAUAUGUCCUGCUAUGACAAAACUGGCAGACCAAUGUGACAUUACUCUGACAAAGUUCUUUUGGACAUCCUGGUCAAUCAUCUUAACCUCCUAAGACCCGAACUCUUCCUCGGCAUGCAUUUUUAAUUUCUCUUUGAUAUUUGGGCAUAUUGGGGCCCAAGAACGUCAAAACAAGGAAUUACCAGAUUUUUUUUUACCUUAUUUU